UGAGUAAUACAACUACUUCAUCCAAACAAGACAGCAAUGAAAUUAAACGUUCCCAAAGUGUGAAUCGAGGUGGUGAAUCUGCAUUAAAAAUGCCACCAUAUUAUUCGCAAUCGUAUUCCCAUCAGCAGUAUCCUGGAUACUAUUCAUAUCCUCCUCCUCCACCAAAGACUGGGUCUUUUUCUGAAAAGCCAACUAAAACCGAGGCUGAUACUUCUACAGAUCAAACACAAAAUGAAGGAGUUGAUGAUUCAUCAGUAGAAGAAACUGGCCAUACACAUACACAUAUGCAUAAUUCUGAUUCAGCGACAGCUAUUUCUUAUUAUUUGCAGGACCCUAAUAUGUCAUAUUUUCCAGGAUGGAGACCAAUGCAACCUCCAAAGCCACAAACUGUUGUUCCGCCACCAAUGAUAGAUGACGAAGCCUUGAGUAAUUUAUUGAUGGCAUGGUACUAUUCUGGUUAUUAUACUGGGUUAUUUCAG